CCUGGAGAUGUCAUUUAUUUAACUAUUGAGAUAUAGAGUUAUUGCAUGAAUGCUCUUGAGUCUCAUUGCGCAUAAUGGCAGAAGACGGUGUGCUGCAAGAACCUGCACUUUUCACUAAAGUAACCGUUUAUUCCCUUGUUGCCUGUGCUGCACAGUUUGCUGUUGGUUAUGCUUUCGCGCUAAAAUGGGGGAACAAGUGUUCGACUGUUGAUCGGUGGGUCCUUGUUUGGUUAUUUUACGACGCAAUAGUUCAUUUCACGCUGGAGGGACCCUUCGUCUACAUGUCACUCGUUGGAAAUGUUGCAACCUCUGACAAUCUGUUUGCAGAGCUGUGGAAGGAAUAUGGCAAGGCGGAUGAACGCUGGUUGUACUCAGACCCAACUAUAGUAUCUCUAGAGCUUCUGACUGUGGUUUUGGAUGGCUCACUGGCCCUGCUUCUUGUCUACGCCAUCAUUAAGGACAAACACUACAGGCACUUUAUUCAGAUCACACUAUGUGUGUGCGAGUUGUACGGGGGCUGGAUGACCUUCUGUCCAGACUGGCUAAUCGGAAGUCCUAACCUCAACACGAACAACUGGCUGUACCUGUGGGUCUACCUGGUGUUCUUUAAUGGGAUCUGGGUGGUGGUACCUGGACUCCUCCUCUGGCAAUCGUGGAAAGAUUUAAGAAGAAUGCAUCGGUAUCCAAAGAAGGAUAGAUAGAAUCGGAUGUAGUCAGAUAUAAUUUUAGUAAUUACAAUUAGCCAUUCAAAGUGAAUUGACUUAGAUGUAGAGAGAGAAAGAGAACUAUUGUACUGCAGUUGAUACAUUAUAUGCAUUUAUUCCAGACAUAGAGUAAUAGAGGAAAAGCUGUAAGGUGUUCCUUUGCAUAAUUGCGGUGGUAGAGAUAACUUGACACAAUGGAAGAUUACACCAAACCAGUGACUCAUAGCAACAUUUCUUUCCUUGUCCUAUUUACAUUCCUGUCAUAUAACACCAAACAAUGAAUCCCUUAUGUCAUAUGUCUUAUACACAGCUCUAGGAACAGUUUCCCUACUAAUCCAUACCAAACUAUCUCAUCCAGUAUGAUAGAAACCACAAGCUAAUAUAAAUCGACAUUUAAAAAGUUGUCAAUUCAUGCAUCAAAACACCCUAGUGCUGCUCUUUAAUUAAUGCUACAUGCUUGCCUUUUGUUGCAAUUCCACUACAGUUCCAUGUGUAAAUAAUUUACAAAAAAUGAAUGAUUAAACAGCACCCCAGUGUUUGCCUCUU